UAAACCCCUUUAAUUAAUUUUUAAAUUCUAUAUUUGGCUCACAAUUAUUUCUUUUUAACAUUUUAUUUUUAGUUGAUUUUUCAUUGACUACUCAAGAUCUAAAAUUUUCUUUUACAUAUAAAACCUAAAAGAAAACAUAUAAAGCAGUUUCAAUCCCUCCACCAAAUUUUCUGCUGAUACUUUCCCCAUUAAGGGUUUUCCACAAGCUGGUUGAUGAAAUUGUCAAUGAGCUUUUGUGGAAACCUUUGAUGUUUUGUAUGUGGAUGUGAAUUGGUAUAAAUCGGGUUUAUUCGAAAAGGAAUGAUCAUUCGAUCGAAUAAGAAUGGAGCUUUAUACUGCAAAUUGUCUGUCCACCGAAAACAAACCUACUCUUGAGCUUUCAAAAUUAGUCAAAGAAGAGAAAAGCUCGGUGAAAACGAACAGCGAAAACACCCUUACACUUGUUAAUCAUGGUGCAAAGAUGUGGCAAGAGAACAGGGAAAAAUGGGUGGGAGAUCAAUCUCGACAAAGAAAAAACACUGCAAAGGAUCAGAUUAUAAGCUGGUCUACUACAUAUGAAGAUCUUCUCUCAACUCAUGAACCUUUCUCGGAGUCGAUUCCUUUACCCGAGAUGGUGGACUUUCUGGUCGAUAUUUGGUACGAUGAAGGCCUUUACGAUUAGAAGAAUCUAACAAUGCCACGAACUAGAUUGACAAAGAACAAAGGACAGAUUCAAUUAUGGUAUGAAGUUAAAUCUUUAGGAGUUGUGAAAACAUCUACAGAUAUGAUGAACUAUCUAUUUGUUAUAUCCAUAUACUGUAUCUUGAGAAAAAGACUGACCACUCACAUACUCCAUCUUUAACAUUUAUAUGAUUUGUUAAAAUGGGAAGGAACAAGAAUUACAAAAUGGAUUCCAAAUAAGAUUUUGAUCACCUUACAUCAAAA